AUGCCUGACGACGACGCGUACCGCAAGCAAGUUCAAGGAAAAGUCCAAGACCUGGUCUCUGAACGUCACGACAAAAGUGGUGCAAAACUGGUCAUCGAAGCUGUGGUUGAGGGUGUGAAGUUGUAUCGAAGCUACAAAGAAGAGAAGGCAGCAGAAGAGAAGGGGAAGGGGAAAGAAGAAGGGAAGCACAGGAGACAUAGGAAGGGAGGCGGAGGGCAGACGCUCCAUCGCCUGGAGCCGGAGAUCGGCCAGGAAGUGGCGGCAGCGGUUAUCAAACAUCAUGGGAAGAUUUGGCUCCUGAGCCUCGUCCCCGAUCGCGAUCUCGUGGACGCAAGGAAGCACACCAUACAGAACGUAAAAGAUCUCGUACACCCCAUCGAUCUCAUCGUCGAAAGUCUGGCGGGCACCGGAGCUCACAUCAGCGUGACCGCUCACGUACCAAACAACCGGAUCAUCGUCCAGGUCGCAUAG